GUUGCAGAAUAUGUCGCCCAAAAAUGGCCGACUCCUUCGCUGGAGCCUAGCUUUGCAACAGUUUUCUUUUGAGGUCAGGUACAAAAAGGGUAAACUGCACACCAACGCGGAUGGCUUGAGCCGACGCUCAAAAGGGUCUGUGGCUGAAGGCGACAUGGCAAAGGGAGGAGAGGAGGAACGUCCUGCGCAAGUGGCAUGCCCCCUACCACCGAAUGUGCAGCAUCCACCAGGUGCCAUGCCAGUCCGGAGAACUAGGGCCAAGUCUGGAGUUGAUACGGCACGGGAUCUGCUGUCCAUUCAGCAGGACCAGCUGGCUGUCCAGCGAGAACUGCUGGCCACACAGCAGGGUCUGCUGGCCACCCAGCAGCAGCAGCUGGCAGUUCAGCAGGAAAUGCUGCUCGUGCAGAGAGAGCCAGUCGAUGCACUCCGUCGACUUGCAAGCGUAGGUGUUAAGAGAACUGUAGUGUAG